UCACACUCCAACAGGUCUAUUUGAAAACACAAGCUUGCGGAGCCUCAAUCCUUCUCCAGGCGGUAGUAUUUACACCGAGAUGAUUGGGGGAAAAUCUGUUCCCCGAACCAAUGGGUGAUCAGUGGGCGGGGUUUAGUGCGGUGGUGGCGGCAGUUUGGAGGAGAGCGCGCUGUUGCUCGAUUCCGAUGUGUUCCUCCCUUCCCGGCCGUUCUCCCACUGGAUCUCCCGCCUCUCCACUGUCCCCGCGCUUGAGCUUUUGCGACGCUUGUUAGUUCGCGCGUUUGCUGAAGUUUCAAGCGGGAAUUUGAUGCUGUGGUUGCUGGUACGCGAGGUCUGACAACUUGGAGUUAAUGGAAAUGCUAUGGUCUGAUGAUGGAAGAAGAAACUAGUGACACAGAUUUAAAUAAUGAUUCACUUGAACUGCCAGUUUUCAGUUUUACUGGCCUUCGAAGCCACACGGCCUGUGAUGGUGCAUUUGAUUCCAAGCACAGAACUCCGGAACAUUCAAACCUGGUUGUUAUAGAAGGUUCAGACUCUGAUAAUUGUGACCCUCCACUGGCCAAAACUAGUUGUUCUCAGACAAAUCCUAGGCACUCUGUUAAAUGCUUGCCUAAUGAAGUAGUAACAAUUGCAAGUAGUGAGAGUGAUGGUGAUGAGGAUCAGGAUCUUGUUAUCCCUCUAGCAGAGAGACUGAAAAGAAAGCUCACUAAAAACCAAAAUCUGGAGAAGUUUGACUACUCAAUUUCUAAAUCUAGUCAAGAAAAUUCCAAACCUAGCUCUUUACUCAAGGCAUCAAUUCCCAGUACCUGUCAAAUUAGCCAAGAUGAUUCUGAAAUUAAGGAGACUGAAGCUGUUCAGCUCAGUGAAGGCCAAGACGCAGGACCUGUGUUUGUUAGACGGAAAGCUUUUCGUUCACACUCUAUGUGGGACAUUUCAGACUCGGAUGAGGGAGAUGAAGCUUGUAAGUGGCAAGCAACAACAUCACAUAUUCCAGAUUUAAAUUCAGCUCAAGUGCAUGGUAGGAAUGCCUGUUCCACUGCAAAACCAGCAUCAGAUUCAUUCCAACCACAGAAAAAACUAAAAAGGAAUGUAGUAGAAAUAGAAAAUGCUCGAUCAGAUGCACUAAGAAAGCAGCAACAAAGAGAGCAACGGAAAUUAGAGAAAGAAAAUAUUCAGCGGCAAAAAGAAGAGGAAAAAGUGAUGAGAAAGGAGUUAGCCAACAUUGAGAAAAUGUUCAGGCCAGGGGAAUGUUUGAAACACAUGCUAGUCUCCAUUGAUCCAGGGCUGCUUCAGGUAGAUGGUGGUGGACAACUGCUGAGCACUCUACAGACCAUGGAGGUUAAGUGUGUGAUAGGAAGUCAGACUAUUCCCCACAGUAUGACCUGGAGGAGAAGACAGGCUUGUAUUGCAGGGCAGCUGAUGAAUGAAAAGACUGACUGGGUGGAUGAGCCUCACGUUUUGAUCUAUAUUCCACUGGAGGAGUUUGUAUCUAUGGUUUACAACUCUAAACAGGAGGUACAAGGUGCUUCUACUGAAGGCCAUACAACAUUACAGAGCUUUGCUCAUGGUAUUCUUCAGAAAAAUGCAAGUAGGAUUCCAUGUUUUGUUGUUGUGGAGUUGGAAAGAUAUUUCAGGCCACAGAAGAAGCAACGGUCACAGAAGAAGCACCAGCAUACAGUGCUGAAUGAAGAACAUGGCAGACAGAGAAAGGCAAAGGGCUGUGACCAUCAUUUGCCUUUAAUAUCACGAGCAGAUGUUGAAUUAGCCCUAGUGCACUUACAGCUGUCUGUCGGCACUCAGUUCCAAUUAUUGGAAACUUGGAAGGAGUUUGCAGAUUAUAUCAGCAUGUUCACCAAAGCUGUAGCUGAGGCCCCUUUCAAGAAAGCUCGGGAGAACAACGGAUUGUCUGUGUAUUUGACGAAUGAUGGUUCCAGAGGGGUAAAAGUGGAUCGUUCGGUGAAUGGUCUCCUGUGUGUUUGGAAGAAACAGAUCCAGCAAUUAAACAGAGUUAGCUCUGAGAUGGCAAAUGCUAUUGUGUCAGUCUAUCAGUCACCAUGGUCACUUAAACAGGCAUAUCAAUUGUGCAGCUCGGAGCGAGAGAAGGAGAAUCUGCUUGCUAAUAUUCCUGUUCGACGUGGAGAAGGAACAACAUCAACAACGCGAAGGAUUGGGCCUGAGCUCUCGAAACGAAUCUAUUUGUUGAUGACUUCAGUGGAAUCUGAAACAUUUCUUGAAUAACAGUGACAAAUCGCCAGCGCCUGUCGCGGAAGUGUCUGAAACCAUUUAGCUUUUUGAUUCCUUUCCGUGGAAUGCUGUCAUCAUCAAAUGGCAGGCCAAAGGUCUUAAGAGAUUUGUAGUUUCACACUAGGAGGGUUGUAUAGAAAUCAGUUACCACAUUUUAAGUUAUUACCGUAGCUGUAGUAGUUUCAGUACACUAAUGGCUGAUGUACAAUUCUUCAUUGGUUCAGUUUUAUUGGAGAAUUAUAGUUUUCCUACACUGUUUUGAGUUGUGAAGACAUUUACCUCCACCACUCAAUCAGCACAUGAACUGGUUAAUAAGACUUUUUUAAAAAUUAUUUUUGCUACUUAUUCCUUGAUGAGAAGACAGGUGAAGAAUUCCUUCUUGGGGCCCUCACUAAGGCUGCCACAAAACCAGGCAAUGGGAGAGAGAGAACAGUGCCCUUCCUCACUUUUGGGGCCUCGCAUUAAAUUCUGUGCUCACCUGAGCUGCUUGAACUCCUGAAAACUGGCUGGUUCUUCGACCUAGCUCAUGGGUUAGUCCAUGUCCCAUGUCCAGGAUAUUCACUCACUGCCCUUGUAUCUUAUGAGUGCUAUGUUCUCAGUGCCACACGCUGUGAAAGACACUGCAGGCAUUUACCAGGGGAUAUGAAACCACUUGUUAUCUGCUUGAUCUUAUGCUGCUCAGAUUCACCAUCUACGUGAAGCUGAAAAUUACUGGUACUCAUCAGUCCUUUGAGAGGAUAUAAAGCUACCUGCCGUUGCCACUGCUAUCUCCUCUUGUUACAUAUCUGUGAAACGCUCACCAGAUUGUUGUACAAGUAUAAUAGAUGCUACAGAGUGUAUCAGUGUUAUUGGAGGAAGUGCAAGAUGAAUAAAAUGCUGUAGUGGCUGCCUGAUGGCGUUGCAUCCGAGCUUUCAAGUGUACUUAGCAUCAUGUUUCUGGAUCUGAGGGAAACAAGAUAUUAUAAUAAAACACUAAAUCUUCCACAAGGUCCCUCGCUUCCACACCUUAGCAAGCAGCAUUAAAGGCAUAAGAUGGAUAAGGACUGAUGGACACAACUAAAUCUUUAUUCCCUUUCCGUAGUCUCUGGAACAGUAUUACCAUUAGCGACAGGCUGUUCUCCCUUUGGUGUCACAGUGGUAAUAGUAACUCCAGCCUCUGGGUCUACUCGCACUAUGAGACCUAUUGUGCACAUUUCUGCAGAUAUGAAUAUAGUUAAUGCAAGUACUGUCUCCUGAUGUCUAUGGCAAGUCACUCUAUAAAUUUGCUGUAAUCAUAAGAUGAAGCAGCUAUUUUGCCAUCUUGGAGCAUCAGUGCAGCACCUCCCUACUGCAAACUUGGCUCUCAGAUGCCUGAUAAAUGAAUGCCUCAUGUUAGCAUCACCUGGUGCUGCCCCAAGCAUGGAUCUACCACCUAGCCUUAUUGCCUAACACUGUGUUUUCAGUUGCCAAUUAUUGAUGCUACACCGUUUUCCAGAUUCUGCAGGCCUUUACAUCUCCCUGUACUGGAUUAAUGUUCUGGCUGCAGCUUUGUUGCUGCGCACAACAUGUGCCACCUCUGGCUAUGCUUUCUUGAUGUCACAUGCUAGCCUCCUCAUUCCAUCUUGUGGAAAGAUAAACAACCUCCAGAAGUACCUAAGGGAGGUGUCACUGAAACAUGAGGUUGUCUUAUCUCCUCCCUCUGGGUUCAAGCAGGCAGACUACUGCACAGCUAUGUUUUAAAAAUCCAUCUCUGCAAGAGCUUAUAGCAUUUUGACCCACCAGCCAGUAUUAAUUAGAUGGUUCCCUCUCUGACAGCCUCUUAAUUGACGUCUGAUCAUAAAGUGCAGGCAGGCUAAGUUCUGCUGCUUGCCAGGUGUGCUGAUGACAUGUUUCCAUCUGGAUUUCAGUCUUCCACAGUUCAGUUCUGACCUGCAUUUAGGAGUGGGUAAGACUGUUUAGGAACAAAAACUUUGAACAAGUAGUAUAGCCAUUUCAUCUUUUUACAAGGGAAUAUUUCUCAAAAUUCACAAACUAUAGAUGAGGCGUAAAAUCUAAACACAAAAAUAAAUUUAAUAUGCCACAUUGUUGGAUUUGUUUAUGGAUUGGGUAAUAUAAUCAGUAUCCUUUGUUUUAAUAUUGGAUGAGGACAGUGUCUAAACUGCCAAGAUGGUUGACGACAUAUGAUGGGGAAGAGAGCUUGGGUUUACUGCUCCUUCAAACUCUGCCUUACAGGAACAGCGUAAAUUGCAUAACAUUACCCGUCCCAUCUCUGAUUUCCUUCAGCAACCCCUUAGUUACUCCAGCUCCUCAGCCCUCCUUCUGCCUUGCAUCUUCAUUCUAACCAUCCUGUCAAUAUGUUUGAUUCUCUCCUUCCCCACCCUGUCAUUAUCCUUUCUGCUUCACGUAUCAUUGCGCACAAACUCUCUUCCUCCACCCUCAUUUCUGUCCUUGCAGAAUCCCCACAGUGUGAAACAGGCCAUUCAACCCAACAAGUCCACACGAACCCACUGAAAAGCAUCCUACCCAGAUCCAUCCCCCUACCCUAUCCUGGUAACACUGCAUUUCCAACGGCUUACGCAUCUAACCUACACAUUUCUGAAACCUAUGGGUAAUUUAUCCUAAUCUGUACAUAUUUUACUGUAGGAAGAAACCAGACCACCUGACGAAAACCCACAAAGACUCUGGGAGAAUUUGCAAACUGCACACAGACAGUCACCUGAGGCUGACAGUCGAACUCUGGUCCCCGGUGCUGUGAGACAGCAGUCCUAAUCCUUCCUCCAACCCUUUUCUUUCCAACUCACCUCGCCCACUUUUUGAGGACGUUGGGACCAAUUCUAGGACAUGGGACACAUAUUCCAAAGAGGCAAGUUGCAAGCCACUUGAACUGAGUCUAAUGCAUUAUGAUGACGUUCACCAGUGUGCUUGGGAGUGAGGGUAUUCAAUGAUAUUAGAGAAAAAAAAAUCAAAUUAGAUAGGAGCAGACUACGAAGAACUAGGAGUAAUGAACAACCAGGUUUACAAUGCAUAUGUCUCAAAGCAAAAAAUGGAGUGAAAACAUUUGGUGAGCUAAAAACAGUAGUAGCUUUGUAGUAGUGAUGGAAGCUCUGCUUCAGAAUGAUGAGGAUUGGCCGUUACAUUUUUGAAUAUUAUGGCCUGGAUUUUUGCAGAGUUGUGGAAAUGAUCAAACUUGCAAAAUUGUGGAUAGGACCCAGUUUUGGAAGUUCUGCCUCCAUUCCUAGGUCCAAUUUUUACUCGUGUGAUGUAUCACUAUCACAAAGAAGCUCGAACUGAGCACUGAAUUCAAAACGUGCCUGUUAAGUUCAAAUAGACUCUAUUUUGCAAGUGAAUGUGAAUCCACAGUAUUAAAAUCAAGCAUUUAUGGAGUAUACAUGAAAGCUUCUGAAAGGUUGAUAACUAUCAUGAUGUGAAGGUUUUCAAAUGUCCACUUUCUUAAGCACUAAAAAAAGUACCUGGCUGCAGCUGUCGGUAUAUGUUAGAAAAAAAGUUGCUUAGACACCGGAUGCAACAACUGUCCGAGCGAUUUAAAAAGUAAAAGUAGUGCAUAUUUCCAAGAGGAGUGUUGCAAAUGCUUGUCUGACAUUCAAAAAUGUACAAGUAUUUCAGCAAAUAUUGAGCUCACAGCUCUAAUGAAGAGUCAUCUAGGCUUGAACCAUUAGCUUGUUCUCCCUGCAUGGUUGCUGCCUGACCUGCCGUGACUUCCAGCAUUUUUGUGUUUUGAGUUCAGAGUUUGUUUGGCUGUUAGAGGUUAUUAAGAGUUUAGCUACCUUUUGAGGUGUAAGCAGAAUAAUGUAUGAUUAUUCAUUACCAGUUAAUCCACAAGUACUUCAAAUGGAUUGCCAAGAUUUGGAGAUUAUCUAAUAUUUGUAGGCUUCAAAUUUUUUUAAACAUGAUUUACGAGGUCUGUCUGUAGUGGACACUGGGUGAGUUGACAUGGAGGAUAAAAUAUCCAACGAGGUGGAUAGGUUGGCAUGAAAGAUAUAAGAAACCUUUGUCCUGUGGUAGGCACUUCAUCAAAACAACCCUUUCUAUUAACAAAUGUUUAAAAAAUACAUGGUUGGGAUACAAAUACCCUUCUUUCUCUCUCUCACCGCUAGCUCCCUGAGCUGAGGUGAGGGGGCUAUUUUGAGGAUUUUCUACUGAAGUGAGUCUAGCGAGAGAUUCCAAAUGUGUGUCCAGAAUAGACAGGAGAGGUGAAAAGGGAGGGUGGGGAUGGGAACAUUCAUUGAAGGGAUAACAUUGUAGUGUUAGAAAAGGAGGAUGCCCUUUAGGGGCAAAAAUAAUUACCCAAUUAAUUAAUUGGAUGUUAAUUACCCAAUUAUCGUUUGGGAUUAUGUUAGAGUAAAGGUUCUAAAAUCUGUUCAAGAGAUCUUGCUCAACCAGUUUCUUUUUCUCAGGCUGACUAGAAAGAAAGAAUAACUAGACCUAUUGCUGGGCAAUACGGUAGGUCAAGCGAACAAAGAGUCUGUGGGGGAAGCACUUGAUUAAGAAUGACAUUCAUGUCGUGAAAUUCAGAUUGGGGGAAACAAAAACAUUGAGCAUUAAUUUCGAAUUUUUAAAUUGAAGGAUGCAAAAACAUCCCAGCCAAGAGUAAAAUGGAACUAAUGUUUGAAAGGAAAGUUGUUACAAAACAGUGAGUGCCCUUUAAAGAGACAUUACAGGUACAGAUGAGGCACAUCUGAACAAAAUGUAAAGAAAAGGAAUAAAAGCUAAGAUUUCUUGAAUGACGAAAGUGUUGUUGAAUAAGAUGUAAUGAGGUUUAUAAUGCAAGUUGGGUCAUUAUAUUGUGAAAAGCAGAUCAAAUAUAAUUAUCUAAUUCAACUUGAAAAAAGAAAAUAAGACUGGCAAAGAGACUAAAAGGAUAGAUGGAAAUGAAUAGACAGCUAACCCCUAAAUACUCUAUCAGCACAUAGAGAUAAACAGAGAAAAAGAGGGUACAAUAUGUCUUAGAGGGGCACCUCAGGGCAAGCACAAUUAAUUUUUGUAUCAGUGUUUACGAAGAGAGAUUUUAAAAAUGUAUGGAGAUAAUAGAGGUAAUGGUUGGAUGAAAAUUGACAGCCAGAGGAUAACUACAGAUUGGAGAUAGCCGAAUGCUUGCCUUAAUUUUCCCAAGAUAUAGGUGAUCUUGCAGAACAUUGAAAAGUGGCAAAUGUGACACCCUUGUUCAAGAAAGUUGAAAGCAUUCCUCGUAAAUACAAGCUGGUUAGUUUAAUGUACAGGGUUUAUGGGGAGGAGUAUGGUGGAGUGGAUUUUAGAAACAAGAAUGCAAGAAAAACUUAAUGGGUAUCUUAAGAAGUUUGAGUUAAUUAAGGACAGACAGCAUAGAUUUAUUUGGCGAAGUAACAGACCUUUGAUGAAUGCACUAUUAUGACUAUAUAAUCAUGACAUCUGGUUGGGUGUGGUGGAGGCUCCAAAUUGGCGACAGGAUGAGGUGCUUUGUUUUCCAUGCAGCACUCUGAAGUAAGUGGUCAAGGAUGGCAGAGCAGAGGUGUGAGUGAGUGGAAGGGAGGGUGAAAGAGGGAUAGAGAGGGUUGGAGGGAGGGACUGACAGGCAGAGAGCAUACAUGUGAAAGUGGAGGAGAAGAGUGUGGCAAACAUUCACUUUCCUAUCUCCCCAAAAACCUAUCCAUAAAGUAGACUGGGAGAGGGGAAACCUAGCUGAAUCACUUUGCUUCUGGCUGCAACUUACAUGGUUUUCUCUGCGGCCAGCUGUGUAUGUGCCACCAAAAUGCAAGUAUGAUGUCAUUUAUAUCCCCUUGCUUGGCUCAACUUCAAUCACCUUCCCUUCCCUGGUGAUAUGGAUUUGGGGCCAAAUAGAUUUCUUUUUAGCCCUGAAUCUUAACUAAAAAGGUGAUAAUCAGGUUUUCUUAAUUGUACUUGUUGACAUUUUUUAUUUUAAUCACAUUUUUAAAAUUUAUUUAAAUUAUCAAUGUAUUUUGUUAUAAUUGUUUUUCUUUGAAAUUCAUUCUUACUGUUAUCCCAAACCUUAUUUUUUUGAAAUUUGCUCACCAGACUGCCAAGUGAGUGGAAAAAUUGAAAUGUGACCCUCCAUGCAAAAAGUUUGGAUAAUUCUGAUUUUGCAGGUGCAGUGGUGAUUUACUGGAAUGGUUACCUUUGCAUUAACUAAGGCAAUUAAAAUUUGCAUCAUGCUUGUACUAUCAUUAAAGAAUCAGUGUCUAAGUCAAUCCAGCUCACUCCUCCUUGCCACAACAGAUAAAAUUUUGAGUGUCCUUCAACAAUUGUUCCAAUCCAGUCAAAUUUUCCUGGGAUCAAUUACAUUAGCAAGGCAGGCACACCUCGAUGAUUCUCUUCCUUUAAAUCUUGAAGACUGCUUGUCUGACUUUUGUCUCUUUUGAACAGAAACCAAACUCCUAAAGGCAUCCUGCUUGAUCUCUAAUAGAAUAGUUUUUUCCUACGUUUCCAUAGCAGUAGUUUCUUUGACACUAUGUUCCAGCUGCAGCUAUCUUUCUUCUGAGAUACUGUGAAAAGUGCUAAAACUGCCACUUGAUAACUCAGUGAGUUUGUUAUAGUUUCUGUCCCGAAGCAACUGAUCACAUUGAGUUUUCUCCAAGCGUGAAGUUUUUACCAGUAUUUCACUAUCUACCUUUCUGAAAUAUUCUGCCAUACAUACUAUAAGAUAAAGGGGAUGUUAUAAAACUCUUGUAAAGUUCAGCAAAAAUGACAAAUGUUAAAUUUGAACUGUCAUAUAACAUACUUCUGCAAAUGUUAUGAAUAAAAUUUAUUUUUAAAAAUAAA